UCUCCCCUGUGCUUCUCAGAGCCACGGGGCUGUGGAGAAGGGCAAGAGCUGGCCUGGCUCAGCUCCCAGGUAUUUAAACCUCCUGGCACAGGAUGGUGCCUCUUCCUGUUGAUUCACAGCUGAGGCCUGGCUCUUUCCCAAGUGAAAGCGAAAGCCAGAGAGAAGUUGCUGGGAUCCAUUUUAGUCUCAGGGGACAACAACCAUGAGCACAGACAGACAGAUGCGGCCCUGGUGGCAGCCCCUGGGCCGUCUGCCCCUUCCUGGGGUCGUCCUCCUUUCUUCCCUCUUUGUGCCAUACACAGUGGAUCAGACUGGCACCAUGGUUGGAGUCAUCCUGGGGAUCCUGAUGGGAGCAGGAGCCGCAGCUGCUGUAGCUAUUUACUUUUCAAAGAAGAGGAAAAAAGAGGUGCAGGAGCCAAAGCUGUGCCUGCUGGGCCAGGAGGUGACCCUGCACUGCUCCAUGGAGGGGACGUUCCCUGAGGAUGUAGCUGUGAUGUGGGAAAGGAUCCACAGUGAUGACAGGACGGUGCCUGAGAGCGCUGGGGAUCAAAAGAACCCCGAGCACCGGCCGCUGUUACCUGCCCUCCCCCCGGGCUGGAGAGUGACAGAGGAGAGAGCUGGGACCUGCCUCACAUCCUACCUGACCUUCAUCCCCACGGUGCAGGAUGAUGGGGCGCAAGUCCGAUGUGUCUUCCUCCAUGAAGCCAAAGGGAUCAGAGAGGAGCGAGUGUCCCCAGAGAUCCGGGUGUGGGCCCGGCCACAGGUGUCUGAGAUCCGGGUGUUACCAGAGUGGGACCCCCGCGACAAGGUGCCGUUCGCUGUUCAGAUGCAGAACUUCUACCCCAAGGAGGUGCCCCCGAUCCAGUGGGGCUGGGACGGGGCCGGGAGCUGGAGGGAAGACCCUGCCCGGAUAGACAAGAAGGCGGAUGGCACGUUCACUGCGACGAGCGUCUGGAGAGUGCCCAGCCGGAGCCUGACCCGGCCGGAGCUGCGAGUGCAAGUGUGUGUUCAGCGUGGCCCCAAAGAGCCCCCGAGCGAGAGAGAGCUCAGCCUGAGGGACGCAGGUCUCCUGCGUCCCCCAGAGGUGUCUGAAAUCACCCAGCCCAAGUCCAUGGCCAAGAGGAAGGGAUUCAUCCUGAGCUGCCAUAUCGCGGGGCAUUUCCCGGGGGAGCUGAGCGUGACCUGGCUGCGGAGGGGCAAGGGGGAGGACACUGCUGUGACCCUGCAGGGCUCAGCUGAGUGCAGGGUGGAGCCCGGCACGGCUGUCCUAGCACAGGAUGGGAAGAGCUUCCAGCAGGAGACCAGACUCAACCUCUUGACCUCAAUGGACCAGGGGGCAGAGUACAUCUGCCGUGUGGGACACCUUGCCCUGGAGACCCCCAUAGAGAGGAGCAAUGCCUACCAUCCAUGCCCUCCAGAUCUGGGGGGAGUCUCCCACCUGCAGGCCCUGGUCCCUGGGCAGCCAGUGAAUGCACAGCACCUUCUAUCAAGAUCCUACCCCAGGCAGGUGGCAAUGACCUGGCUGCGAAAGAGAGCAAAAAGGAAGGAGGCAAAGCCCUUGGAGACCUCAGACCCCCACAGGAUCCACACUCCUGCCCCCAGCCGGGCACCAGAUGGGAAGUCCUACAGCAUGGAGUCCGAGCUGCGUGUCCCAUCCACGGGGCCUGAGGAUGACAGGGUUAGGUACCAGUGCCACAUGGAGCAUGAGGCCCUAAAGAAACUCAGGUCCAGGUCCAGUGGGCAGCUGCAGCUCCAAGGUCAUUCGGAGUCCCCCAGAGCCUCCAAGAGCUGAGGAGGGAGGGAGCAGUCGAAGACAGAGGCAAUGUCACCAGCACUGCAUCUCUGCCCCACCCAGGAGAUGCCAGGAUGCUUCCCAGAGCUGAGCUUUGGAUGGGAUGCAGGGCCCAGGGUCUGGCUCAUGCCUAGAUCCUGGCUGGGUCAUCCCCAGGCCUCCAAUGGUGAAGGCUGCUCUUGCCAUCCUGCCUCCCACAUGUGGUCUGUGCGAUGGGGCUGGGCAGGGAGCCCAGGGCUGGGGGCUGUCUCUCCUAGUCUGUCCAUGCAUGACCCAGGCCUGUGUGGCCCCCAGGCUGCCAGAAUAAAGAUGACAGUGCUGAUGAUCACCCACUUCCCUGAGUGGAUUUAAGAGCAGGUUGGGCAGGGCUGAAGCCUCCAGAGCCUCUGUACAGAGCUGCCCCCAGGGCCCUGCAGCAUCUUCCGCCUGCAGCAUCUCCCUCACUUCUUGGCCUCAUGUGGGCUAAGAUCAAGUGUAGGGAGUAUUUGAAGUCCUGAACUAAAGAGUCUGGGUGGAGGAUGCUUGCCUGUAAUAUCUAGGGGCAUCCAAACCCCAAGACCUCCAGGCUUGGGCCUGUGCAUAGGAUGCUUGCUAAUGGAUUUGGGAAUAUCUGAAGGCUCAGGGUGAUGUGUCUGGGAUGGAGGAUACUUGCCGGCUGUAGCACCGUACAUGGGGUUUGGAAUGGUUGAGGUGCGCCUGCUCAAUCGAGAUGGUUUUUGGAACAAUUGAAAACUGCUCAAUCACUAUGAUUUGGAACUGAUUAGGCUAAUUUGACCUGGAAUAUGAAGUAUAUUUAAGAUAUAUAUAUAUUUUUAUAAUCUCCUCCCUGGCCCCUGAUGAUGAGUCUCAAGCUGGUUCCCUCCCACUUCCUUCUGCUACCCCAGGCACAGCAUCAGCCUUUUCACCUCCCUCGCAGCGGAGCAGAGGGGCAGGGAGUCCGGGCUGGGGCUGGAACCCAGCCGUCCUGGGCUCUGUGCACAUGUCUGCACUGAGGAGAUGUGGAAAAGCGGUUGCCGGUGCCCCAGAGCGCAGGGCCAGGACACCUGAGUCCAGCUCUGCCUCAGCAGUGAUUGCCUCUCAUCCUCACUGAGCAAUGGCUGCGAAGUGUUUACAUGGCCGGCCCCGAAGGGUGACCCUGCCCCUGCCCCUCACUGCCUAGCCACAGCCCCCCCCAGCCCUGCUGCUGCCCCUCACUCCCAACCCACUGACCCCAGCCCUGCCAGUGCCCCUCACCAAACUGCAGUACCCUGCCCCCUGGGCCCUGCUGGUGCCCUUCACUCCUGACCCAUAGUCUCCUGGUGCUACCAGUGCCCCCUGCUCUCCCAACCCACAGUCCCCAGCUCCCCCGCAAUGCUCGUCUAUCCUGCCCCACACCCCACCACCCGCUGUCCCUGCUGGUGCCCCUCACUCCUGACCCACAGCCUCCUGGUGCUGCCAGUGCCCCUCGCACUCCCAAUACACAGCCCCCCAUCCCCGCUGCCACUCGCUCCUGACCCACAGCCCCCCACACAUGCAGGUGGCAGUGGAGUGUCUGGGCCCAGCGCCAGCUGAGGGAAGAUGAGGAGGGGAGGGAGGCUUGUGGCAGCCGUUGCCCUGGGAUGAGGCUGCCACCACACCAGGCAGCUUGGCCACGGCCUCCUCUCCCUUCUUUCCCCUCCCUGGUUGCUCAGUCCCUCCGAGCAUGGGCACUGGUGCCUGCACUGCCGCCAGGCCAUGAAGCUACUGCCCUCAAAGCCCCCCUGCCCCUUUCCCCCACUAAAGAACAGACAACCCUCCUGCCUCCCCUCUGGCUUGUUGCAGCUGCAGUCCCUCCUGCCCUGCCCAAAUGUCCAGGACUUUGCUAACCACUAUUUGUGCUUCAGACUGAGGGAAGCCACCCAAGUUCUUGCAGUGAGUCAAGUUCCCUUAAGGACUACUUGAUCUGUGUUUCUCAGGGGGCACAGGGCUAGGAUCAGUCCAGACCCUAGGUGGUGGCAGUGGUACCCCCAGGCUGGUGGGUGUGCUUCAGGAAGGGGGAUGGACAAAUGUGUGGUGCCCCCAGGGAGGUAGUCGGAGCCUGGAAGGUGGUCAGGUGCAGUGAGGUGGGUGGCUCAAAGCAGAAGCACCCACUAUUGGCCCACCACAGGCUCAACAGAUAGUGAUCAAUGCCUCGAGGUCUAGUUGGCAGCCGGUAUCAAGUGGAGUGCCCCAGGGGUUGGUCCUGGGACUGGUUUUGUCCAAUAUCUUUAUUGAUGAUCUGUAAGAUGGCAUAGAGUGCACCCUUAACAAUUUCACAGAUGACACCAAGCUGGCUGGCAGGUGUAGUAGAUACACUGGAGGGUAGGACUCGGAUUCAGAGUGAUUUAGACAAAUGGGAGGAUUGGGCUGAAAGAAAUCUCAUGAGGUUCAACAAGGACAAGUGCAAAGUGCAAAGUCCUGUACUUCGUAUGGAGCAAUGCCACACACCGGUACAGGCUGGGGGCUGACUGAGUGGGCAGCUGCUCUGCAGAAAAGGACCUGGGGUGAUGGAACAAGAAGCUGAAUAUUAGCCAGCAGUGUGCCCUUGUUGCAAAGAAGGCUAACAGCAUCCUGGGCUGCAUUAGUAGGAGCAUUACCAGUAGAUCAAAGCAGAUAAUUAUUCCACUGUAUUCGGCAGUGGUGAGGUCACAUCUGGAGUCCUGCAUCCAGUUGUGAGCCUACAGAAAGGCUGUGGACAAAUUGGAGAGACUCUGGUGGAGGGCAAUGACAAUGGUUUGAGGGUUGAGGCACAAGACUUGUGAGGAGAGGCUGAGGGAACUGGAUUCAUUUAGUCUGCAGAAAGGCAGAUUGUGGGGAGAUUUAAUAGCAGCCUUAAACUCCCUGAAGGGUGGCUCCAAAAAGA